AGUCCGUCGGGGGACUCGGCCUCAUGGCGCGCCUGCUGUGCCUGGCGAUCCUCGCGGGCGUCGCAGGCGCAGGAGGAGCCAAGUUCAAUGAAGAUGCAGCUGUGCCAGAGCUGGCAAAAAAGCGUUUGGUCCAGCUGGAGGCCAAAGCGGAGCUCGCUCAGUUGCGGGAGCAAGUAGCGCUUGCGGAAGAGGAAGAAUUCGAGGUGCAAGAGAGGCUGCAGACCUCACAGGAGCACGUGGCCUCGCUGGAGCAAAAGCUGCGAGACUUGAGCGGAGGGAGCUCGGUGGGCGUCUCCUUUCUGCAGACCGCCAGCGACUCCCUCCGCGCCACGCAGGCGAAGCUGGUGGAGGAGCAGGACCGCGCGGAGGUGGAUGGACUGCUCUUGCGUCAGAAGCGACGGGAAGUGGCUUUGGCGAAGGCCAAGCUGGAGAUGUUGCAAGUCUUGCAGAAGAAAAUGGAAGCCACGGGCUAUAAGCGCGAAGAGCUCUUGGUGGAGACCCAUCGUAUGAUGGACACUCCUAUGUUCGAGGGCAGCUCUAUGCCUACUACAGUAGAUGCUAUGGUCGAGUUGCCUUACCUGGAGGACCCAUCAGUGCGCGCUGAGGGUGUGGCUUUGGGCCGCACUCGCGAAGAGCAGAAAGUGCAGCGCUCUGAUCAUCAGCGGCUGGAGCAACUCACGGCCGCCGAAGGUCAGCGGCUCCAGCAGGCGCAGCAGAGACAAGCUGAAGGUCAGCUGCGCUUGCAGAGGCUUCAGCAAGAAAGGCAGCGCCUGGAGGCCUCGGUGCAGCGCUCCAAGCAGCUGGGCCACAGCGAUGCCACCUACGCGGCGCUCGAAGAGAAGCGCCGCACGCAGGCCGCGUUGGAGGCCAAGGAGAAGGAGGUCGCAGCAACGGAGGCGGAAGUGGCCAAAGCCAAGGAGGAGAUCUCCUUGCAGAAAGCAACCCUCAAGCAGGUGCAAGACUCAGCAUCAGUCUUGCGAGAGGAGUCCAACAAAGAGAACUCCAAAAUCCAGCAAGUGCAAAAGCAGGAGGAGGACAUGGAAAAGCAGAGGAAAGAGCUUGUGGAGGAGGAGCAAAUCUUGGAUGAGGUGGCAAAAUUGAAGAAGCAAUCCACAGCAUUGCAAGUCGAGGCCGCUGAGGAGAAUGCCACGCGGCAGGCCUUGCAGACGGAGCUCAUGCGUGAGCAGAAGCAAACGCAGCGCAUUAUGGAGCAUGCCCAAAAGCAGCUAGAGGAAGAGGAGCAGUUGGCCGAGGCUGAAGCCAGUGAGGCUGAGGAAGAGUUGGCCGAGGCCAAGAUAGAAGAGGAGUCGGAAUCCAAGGAGCAGGAGAUUAAGAUGAGGCGGAAGUACUUAGCGGAGCAGGCCAUUCUCAACAAGCGCUUCGAAGAGCAGAAAGGUGCCAUCCGAGAGAAGGAGAAGGCCAAGGCCUUUGCUGCUCUGGAGCCAUUGCGCAAGGAGAUCGCAGCUCUCGAGGAGACAGUCAAUGCGUUGAAGAAGAAGAUCCGGGAAGAUGAAGAGGACGCGCUCACGGAGGUCACAGAGUUGCAGCAGAAACUGGUGCACGAACGAGACGCGAAGAAGAAGCGAGUCACUGAGCAUCAGUACGAGGUGAAGAGGAUGCAAAACAGGUAUCUGAAGUUAAGGCGCCAGGCAGAAGAAAAGCUGAAGAAGAUGGACCUGGAGCUCGAGCGUUCUAAAGCAGAGAUGCCGGAGGAACAGCAACACCUGCAAGAGGUGCAGACACAGCUUGCGAGGGUGAAGGAGCGCUUGGCCAAGGCAAAGGAGACGCUGGCUGAGGAGAAGGCCACAACUCAAAGGCGCUUGGAAGAUGUUCGAAAUGCGGCAAAGCAAAAAGAAUCUGACCAAGCUGCCAAGCUCAGACAGAUGAAGGAACAGGAUGACAAGGAGGCGAGGCAAUGGAAGGAGAAGGUGGAAGCUGUCAAAGCAGCUAAGCAGCGCGACAUACAAUCAGCAGUGCAGAAGGAAGAGUUGAAGCUCAAACAGCUGCAGGAGGAGCACAGUGCACGGAAGGCGGAGGUCCUUCAGAAAGCCUUGGACAAAGAGGAGGAGCAGCUCCGAAAGGCCCAAGCCUAUUUGGCCAAGGAGAUGAAAGCGGCCGAAUUGGCGACGUCCAAGGUCCAGGCCAUGCACCUCGAAUCAAAGGAGAAGCAGAAAGUGGAGGAGGCGGUGCUGACGUGGCGCUCAGCGCUCCAAUCGACCUUGGCUCGACCGCCAGGCCUUCAACCUGCUUCUGCCUGUGAGAAGCAGCUCACGCAGCUGCAGAGACAUGUGUUGGCCUUUUGCGAACGCGUCACACCCGGCUUAAAGAACGGCUCUUACGAUUGGCUGACCCACGUGACUGAUGUGGACCCCAGAAACAUGGCAAAGAACAUCAUGUACGCUUUGCAAUGGGGUCAACGAGAUGCCUCUCAUGGGCUGCUUUUCACAAAGCGCUCAUUUGUCAAGAUGAACUCCACUCUGCUACUGUGGAGUGGAGUUUCUCCGUCUGUGCGUGCGAAGUGGUGCACCUCCUUAAACAUGUUCAUGUUGCAUGCUGGUGGCAAUGACGACAUUCAGACCCCGUUCGGGGGCAUUCUGGAGGAAGAAGGGAUGAAGAGCAGCGAUGGAAGACCCCUGCACGACUGCGAAUGGGCAAAGCAGGAGCCCAUUUGGCAGUCAGCCUCUGAUGCAGUGGUUUGGCGCAAUGGGGCUGAUUUGGUCCGAUUUCUCGUGAAGAAGCCGCUGGUGAAGGAGAAAUGGACCUUGCAAAGAACGGUAUUCUUCCGUUCUGAGCUGCCAACUCUUGCGCGGUACCCGCCUGCGAGAGGUUUCAGAGUUCUCAAUGAGCACCCCCACGUUCGAUGCCAUCAUCUAAUGCCAUUGAUUCGAGGCAAGAUCGAAGAGACCGGUCUAUUGGAAGAUUGGCAAAAGGUGGAGACUUUUUCGUGUGUCAAUGUGGCCGAGAUGGAACAUCCUGAGACCGCGGAGCAAACAGAGCUCAAGAGCUUCGAAAGCAAGGCAACUGAGUUUCUGAAGCCAGGAGAAAAGAUCACACAGGAUUGUCGUUUCGACAAGGUGACCAAAGAACGCUACCCUGGCUGCCUCGCCAUGGGACACAUUGAGCUUGAAUUGUUUCGAGAGGUCGCAAACCAGCUGCCUCCAAGCUACGAACCACACUUGAGCAACUUGAGGCUCCCUGCUCUCCUAAAGCAGUAUGGUCCGCAGGUUGUCACAAUUUUGCCAGAUGUGAUGGAGAUGUUUGACACUGUCAUCGCAUUGGAACUCUACUUGGUGCAAUUCACGCAGGGCCCGGACAAAGAUGCCUUUCAGGAGCUUGCCCGGCCAGGACUUGAGGACUUGCCUGAAGCGUUGCCGCUGCUUGAGAAGGCCUUGUACUCCGACCAUGACGCAGGCGUAGCCGCUGCAAACGCACUGGAACCCUUGGCCAAAGAGGAACCAGAAAAGGUCUUGCCUUGUCUUCUUAAGCGUCCAAGAGGCGACAGUUCUGGUCGUCACCUACUUCUUCUAGCCUUGCUGAAAAGCAUCGGCCAAAAACCGCCGGAGACUGGAGUGCCCAUGCUUCACGAGCUUUUAACUUGCCCAGAUUGGCAGAUACGCAUUGAUGUCAUUCAAUUAUUGCAAAAAAUUGCUCCAAAAGCGCCAGCAGCAGUGGCCACUGAGCUGAACCAUAUUAUUCAAAAUGAUUCUGAAAACUAUGUGCGCCUCACAGCUGCUGAUGCUCUGAAAGACAUCCAAACGGGCGCCACAGAGGGUUUGCCGCUCAGCUCUGACCCAUCAAACCAGUCGGGUCCAGGUUUGUGA